AUGUCAUCGAGGUCUGGCAUCUCGCCAACCGGGCAGCAGCAGCAGCAGUUCCCGGGAAAGCCGGGACCUGGGAUCGGAUCUUCGAGAGGGGAGGUUGAUUUUGGUUUUGGUGGAUUCAGAGGCAGCUCCAUGCCGUUUCAUUCACCUCAACAGCAUCUACCGCAACACCAGGAUCGGACUGGCACACCAACUCCGGCCACACCAUACUGCACGCUGACGCCCUACAUUCGCCGACUAGUGGCUAUGGGCCUGGACUCUGAAGGCAUGCUGCAUGGAUUCUUUGGUGACGACUGGAAGUCGGGGGUCGGGCCCUUUCACGAAGUGGAGAGGCGCAACUACUUGUUUGCCUCGAAGAGCGCCAAUUGGCUGCGCGUCAAGGCGAGCUACGACAUGGACGGCGGUCAGUACAUCCCAUACAUCAAGCCACUUCAAAAUGCUACCGAGGCCGAGAUCAAGUCCGCCGACAACAGCUGGAGUGAGUGGCUGCUCAUGCAGGAUUGGAUGGUUGGCCCAAGGGCCCCUGCCGACAUGGAAGAUAUUGGAUUUGGCGGUCAGCCGCAGCAGAGGCGCCAAAGCCACCAUCACCAUGGCCAGCAACGAGACGAGGGGGGUGCGAGGGUCCAUAUCAAGCGUGAGGAGGAAUGA